AUGCGUCCCCCCAUGCGAUCAAGCAUCGCCUGCACACGGUGUCGGAAGAGUAAAAUAAAGUGCGAGAACAAUGGUGGCACUAGCCCUUGCGAUAGCUGCAUCAAAACUGGAAAAGAAUGCGUUUUCAAACUGCCCGAUCCCGUUCCUCCGAAGAGAACCGAGCCGCCCACAGGAGUUAGACAGGAACGAGAUGGAGGUUCCGAUAGAAAGAAGCUUAAAAAGAUAGACGACAUAUCUAAAGGGGAUAAUCAGAGGGCGAGCGUUUAUGCCGAGGAAGUGCUCUCGGCACCUUUCUUAACAGAAGACUUAUGGGAGCAAGUAUUGGAUCUCUAUAAGCUACAUUUUGCUCCAGAGCUUUCUUUCUUACACCUACCUACGAUGAAGGAGAAAUUGGGCCGGAAGUUUAAAGCCUCCCAACCAGAAGGAAAUUCGGAGCUCAAUUUGGUACUGCUAGGUGUUUUAACUCUUACCGCACGUUUUCACCCGGAUCUCGUCAAGUAUCUCGCUCACAUCUGCAAUAAUCAACCUGGCAAUGCCAGGACUCGACCAGUUCAGACGCAACUUGACCCCGCUGCCGCUUCCGAAUAUUAUGCCGAUGUUCUUACCAUGGCCCUGGGUCCACUUCGAACUGCAAUGAAAGCUGCGUCCGUCGAGAGGGUAGCGGCGCUACUCAUGCUAGGGUUAUACGAAUGGAGUCAGACGCGACCUAAAACCGGAGGACUUGGGGCUUGGAUGUACGUUGGCCUUGCUAUCAGGAUGGCGCAAUAUUUGAGGCUUGGACUUGGUGAUGUUCCUGAAUCAGGAGAUCCCCAUGCCAAAGUUCUUGAGCUUCAGAAUAGAAACUCGUGCCAUCAAUCUCAAAUUGCGUUAGAUAAAGAAGUUAGGAGGCGGACGAUGUUUAGCUGCUUCAUUCUGGAUCGCAUGAUUUCCUGCGGCAAGGAACGAAUGUCUAUUGUACGACCCGAAGAUAUCCAUAUCCAGCUUCCGUGCUCCGAGGAUAAAUUCGAUUUAGCUAUGGAAGUUCCGACGGGCUUCCUCGAGGAUAAAAUACGGCACGGCAUGGACGAUAGUGUGCUAAGUCGAUUUAUUCAGUUGGUGGAUUUAUGGGGAGAGGUAUCAAGAUUUAGUUCAGACGGUGGUCGUCUUAACAAGACGGAAAGGGAUCGCCCGCCAUGGACCAAAGACAGCACUUUCUACAAGCUUAACGAGAAGCUCGCCGAGUUUGAUGCCGGGCUUCCAGGCACGUUCACCUUUUCACGAUCUAACUACUUCAAGCAUGAGAACCACCAGGCUUCCAGCGCGUACGUGCUGCUGCACAUGCUCAGAUCCGUCUGCUUAAUCAUGCUGCAUCGUGAAUAUAUACCCUUCGUCCCUAUUCGGUGUGAAAAACCCGAAGGACCGCUCGAUAAUCCAACCUUUCCGAAGGAUAAAUACGGCUCUCCCCCCGAAGGGUUUUGGAUAGCCAGCGCGGAGCAUGUAUUUAAGGCGGCCCGUGAUAUUAUCGACUUGAUCGACAUAUGCCAGAGGAAGGAUAAGUUGCCGCAGUCAACUAUCGUGCUCUUUGCGAUUUGGACGGCCGGGUUUGUAGGACUUUAUGCCGAGCACUUCCCCCAAAUGGACACGGAGAGGCAUAUGCUAGACUAUGAUUUCGAAGACACUCGACAACCCGAGUCUGUAGCUGACGUUUUUAGGCGUGGGUCCGUAGCAUUCGCAUCUGUCACACUUCAGAAGAUGUCGAUGUGGCUCAAAAUGGCUGGUACGUACGUGGCGAUCUUGCAACAAAUGGACAAGUAUUUCGACACAAUCAAGCAGGACUAUCAUCGAUUUGCCGGAAAGAACGCAGGGACAGAUGAGACGACAUCUCGGGUUCGCGAGGGUGGUACCGGUGGUGGGCUGGAAGAAUACAAACCUAUGACUUACAAACUGAAGGACUUCGGGAUUCUUCGACCUGAUGAAUAUGAACAUGGUGAUACUUCUGAUCCAGCCUUAACGGUCGGAGUAAAUCACUUGUCGGUGGGAGGGACGGAUGCUGUGAAUGCAUCUGCAGCGACCCAAGCUUCGAAAACCGCCGCCUCCGGUUCUUUUACCGCGAUCAACCACACACCAAUUAUGCCGGCGCCAGAUGGUGGGCGUCCGUUUAGCAGUGGAGCAGGGUAUCCAACUCCCCAACCCGAAGCAUACGCCGACUCUUGGAGGUAUCACAGUAACAAUAUCCGACAACAGCCAACACCUGCUCAGGUAUAUCCCACGUCAGAGACAAUGGUCGAUACUACUGCCAUUGCCGCCGAAGCUCACGAUCGAGCCUUUUGGGACUCGUUCAAAAAGGAAGAGCCGCGCCGAAUCGGGACGAUAGGAGAUCUUGGAUAUUUUUCGAGCGGCGAUUCACAACUAGCCGUGUCCGAAAUGCCCUUCGGAGACUCGUCUUACAUCCCGGUAUUGACAGAUACGUCUUACCAAUAUCUACAGGAGGUGGAUUUCUAA